AUGGGGCGUGUGUGUGAGGUAGCUCGGUUGGCGGUGGACGCGGUGCUGCGCAUUCGUGAGUCGGGGAACCUGGACUACAUCCAGAUCCUUCAGAAGCCGGGCGGCUCGCUGCAGGACUCGUUCCUGGAGGAAGGAUUCCUGCUGGAGAAAUCGUUCGGCGUGGGUCAGAAGCACGAAUGGGUGCAUCCGAAGAUCCUGGUGGCGAACACGUCGAUGGACAGCGACAAGAUCAAGAUCAACAGCACGCGCGUGCGUGUGGACAGCAUCGCGAAGGUGGGCGAGAUCGAAGAGGCGGAGAAGGCGAAGAUGCGCGCGAAGGUGAAUCGGAUUCUGGCGCACGGGAUGGACGUGUUCAUCAGUCGCCAGCUGAUCUACAACUACCCCGAGCAGCUGCUGACGGACGCGGGGAAGGGGAGCAUCGAGCACGCGGACUUCGAGGGCGUGGAGCGUCUGGCUGCGGUGCUGGGCGCGGACAUCGUGUCGACGUUCGACAGUCCGGAGAGCGUGCGUCUUGGCGAGUGCGAGAAGAUCGAGGAGGUGAUGAUCGGGGAGGACAAGGUGCUUCGGUUCAGCGGGUGCAAGGGCGGCGCGGCGUGCACGAUCGUGCUCCGCGGCGCGAGCUCCCACCUGCUGGAGGAGGCGGAGCGGUCGCUGCACGACGCGCUGGCGAUUCUCCAGCAGACGCUGCGCCACCCCGAGCGAACGCUGGGCGGCGGGUGCGCGGAGAUGGCGAUGGCGGAGGCGGUGGACCGGCUGGAGCCCCAGGUGUCCGGGAAGAAGGCGCUGGCGGUGGCGGCCUUCGCGCGCGCGCUGCGGCAAAUCCCCACGAUCCUGGCCAACAACGCGGGACUGGACGGCGUGGAACUGACCGCCCAGCUGCGCGCGGCGCACCACGGAGGCGCGAAGAACGCGGGAUUGGACAUCGAGGGACGCGGAAUCGGAGACAUGGAAGCUCUCGGCAUCUACGAAAGCCUCCAGCUGAAGAGACAGGUACUUCUCUCCGCCACCGAGGCCGCGGAAAUGAUCGUACGCGUCGAUGAAGUGAUAAAGAGCGCGCCGCGUGAACGAAUGCCCGACGCUGGCAGACAUUAACUCUUGGGUUAUUUUGGUGG